AGCAGCCCUAAUGCUAGUGCCACUGCUGAUGCGGCUGCCAAGGGGGGGAAAGUGUUGUGUACGUGCAGAUUGCUGAUGCUUCUCCCAUAAUGUUUUGUAGGAAGUUUCCAUGCUUCUUCGGCUUAGUACGUAGAAAGAGACCUGGAGACAAACAACGCAGAAUGAUGAUGAUGGUCUAGAUUUUUUUAAUGAGAUAUUUGGAGAAUUUUCAGACCAGGUUUCCCAGUGCUUUGGAAGGAUUAAGUGUCAGAGUCCUUGAGCCAUUCAAAGAUUCUCCUGAGAGAGAAAUUCUCUUAAGGUUGAAAUCUGAGGGUUUGGGGAUGGAUUCUGGCAGAUCCUAAGAUUUGGGAUCUCUGGAAAGCCCUGAAGUUUAUGCAUUUCACCAUGAUGAAGACAUCUGGGCCAAGAGUUGAUUCCAGAUGGAAUUGUGAAGAGCCACAACCAUGUGCCAGUGAAUAAUGAGUAGUACCUACUGUGGCAACUCUUCAGCUAAGAUGAGUGUCAACGAAGUAUCAGCUUUCUCAUUGACUCUGGAGCAAAAAACUGGCUUUGCUUUUGUUGGGAUUUUGUGUAUCUUCUUGGGACUUCUUAUAAUCAGAUGCUUCAAAAUCCUGCUAGACCCAUAUAGCAGCAUGCCUUCCUCUACAUGGGAAGAUGAAGUUGAAGAGUUUGAUAAAGGGACAUUUGAAUAUGCACUCGCGUGAGAGUUCCAGCUAUACGGUUUUUAUGGUUGCACCAUUGGGACACGUUCUGGAUACAUUUGUAAUUACCUUGCGUGUGUCUGAGAGAGGCUCAUUUUGUUUGGUGAAUUCAAUAAACAUCUGUGACUGAUUUCUUUACCAUGCUGAGCAAAUGAUAAACUAUUGUUGGGAUUCCUCACUUUCCUCUGUCUCCACUUGGAGGUUUCCAGUGAAUAGAGCAUAAGGAUGGCUGCAGCUAUGUUUACCACCUUUAUUCUUGUUUUGCACAACUGCCUUGAAUUUCUGCUUCCCUCCUUGUGCUAAUAAACUGUGCAAAAGGCAUCUUGCUCUCUCCCCUCUGCAAAGACCAGACACCCUCUCCACAUUCCAGACUCAGGCCCCUUUAGCUUUAGUGAGUCAGGAUUUAAACAUAAGAAAAUUUAGUCUGAAGAAUAAUCAGAGUAUUAUUUUUCUAAUAAUAGCCAUAGGUCAAAAAGGUCCACAGAUAAAAACAAAAAAGAAUAACUCACAAACUAAUAUCCAAAGCCUACAAGUAGUCACAGGCCCCAAAGGUCCCCAAAUUUCACAAAGCCCUGACCCUCCUAUCUCUUCUCUUUAUUGAAUUUCUUGAAGUAAAGUCCCAUAGCUUGGAAUCCAAACCAGACCUGCCUAAUACUGAUGCUCCCUCUGCUUCCCCUUGCAUAAACAGAAUUUAAAAGGGAGUUUCCAGCAUGACCUAGUAGAAGGAGUACUCUAAGCAGAAACAAACACAGUCUCAGCUGUGCCACCAUUAGAGCUAUGCUCUGAUGGGUAAGUCAUCUAGUCUCUGCGGGCUUCAGGGAAGAGGAUUAUUAACAUCCUGUCCAAUUCUAGAGCCCUAUGAAUGCUACCAAUGUACCUGAAAACACAGAGAUCUGAAAUGAAUGAGGAUUUAAUGUAUCAUGAAAAAUUUUUCAGAUUAGGAGCCUAAACUCAGAGAUUUGAAUUCUAAUGUUAGCUUAGCUAAGAACUAGCUUUACGACCCAGGAAGUUAUCUAAGGGGAACCUAUCUUCCAAAAUAAGAAGAAACCCAUCUUGCAUAUCUUCAGGAAUAUUUAGAGGGUCAAUUAGAUAUAAUGAAUGUCAAAGCAAUUUGUAAACCAUAAAACAGUAUCUACACAUACUUUGCUCUCAUUAUUUAUUAUCCUCAUCAGUAGCAGUAAUAGAGAUUCUCAAACUCUAAGAAGCAAUGGCUUAGUAUAAAUUAUUCACUCUCUAGUAUUUCAUUCUCUUCAAAUGAGAAAUAAAAAGAUAGAAUUAUAUAGUUCUAAAAA